UGCCUCAUUAACGUCAUCAGCCGCUCCCACGGUGCAGACAGCUACCACAUUGAGACCAAAUACUCAGUUGGUUUCAGGUAAGUAAUAUAUAACUUCUAUUUUACAAGCAAGAUUGGCCCUGGUUUGGAAUUUACUGGAUUUUUAAAAGACCUAAUUUUUCUCCUUGUUAUAUUAGACACGUUAAAUCUCCGUUAUCAAGGAAUCAUGGGUACAUUAAAUUUGAUUUCCACUUUCAACUGUAACAUUAAUCCACGAUUUCCUCGACCCAACCCCAUGUCUUUCCUCACCACAACUCCCUCAUAGAAUAAGUCUCCUAAAUCCGUACAUUAGGAAAUGGCUUCAGACAGUCGGCGAGCUAAAAAGCUAAUGCCCUUCCCAAAGCAUCCACUCCCUAAAGUCCGAAAGUCCCCUAAACUGUUGGUCCGCGAAGCCGCACGUUGGAGAUCUCCUUCUGGGACAGCCUUCGUCCGUAGCUUCCGUCGGUUGUCUAGUUUUAGGAAGGCCAUCUCAGCCCAAGGACAACAAGUCUGUCAGUGGUGCUGCUCUCACAACACCAGCCAUCUACUUUCGCAGUGGUCGGGAUGAAUCCUUUACGUCCGAACAUCUCCCCUUGCCUAUCCCGUAGAAGCUUCGGACGCCCUCUAAUUGGGUUUUCAAAUAUGUGCUUCUACCUCGUGAAUAGUGGGAGGAAACGGUUGCCUGGGAACAGCUUCCCCAGUGACUGUGUGCAAAGAAUCAUUAGCAUGCGGCUGCCACUACCAACCUCACGUCUCAUAUCCGUUAUCGGCAACUUAGAAAUCAUGACCACCACUCUUUAACUACCGUUAUUUCAACUGCAGAUCUGACAACUGCAGGAAAAGGCUACAGCUGGAAAAGGCUACAGCUGGCACUGUAGUUGGUAUCAUUGCGGCAGAUACCAUGCACGCCCUUUGUCUGCCCACGCAGGAUCACGCAAUGGUGAUUAUAUUUCCCGGGUAGCGCUUGGGGGGGUGUCUGUGGCAGCGCAACUUUAGUCAGCAUGUCACAGCAGAUAUGCGAACCAGAGCCCGGGGGGGUGGGGGAUGCGUCCCCUCCAUUCUUCACCCUUACUCCGAAACCCCUGACCAACCACCGAUCACAUACCCUUUACUAUUUCUAUAACCCCUGUACACCAUCUCUAAUUUGAUGGAAUCAAGAUUAUUUGCUUACAAUUUAUAUGUAACAUUCAUUAAAUGUUACUUCUUAUCAGUUAUCGCUCGUCAAAACUAAGAGAAAUAUGGAGAGGUGGAGAAAGAGAGAGAGAGAGAGAGAGAGAGAGACAGAGACAGAGACAGAGAGACAGAGAGAGAGAAUAAAACAACAAAAAAUUACAAUUUAUUGAAGGUCUACUUGUCUCAUGCUUGUAUUCUCUGGGUACUCUCUGAGUAUAUUCUAUCUUUAGAUCAACACCCUAUGAGCAUCACCCACACCUUUCUAAUCAACAGGUAUCUCGUAUCUUUACCUCACCAAAGUGUACAACACCUGUCAGGUGACCAACACCCAGACUGUCGUGCCCUUCAGGCCCCACGUGCUCACUUGCGGGUCCCUCUGCCUGCGCACCCCGGACUGCACGGGCAUCAACUUCUGGGAGAAGACCUCUCAAUGUGACCUGACCUUCAACGCAGCAGGCGGGAUCAGCACGACCAGCGCCGUCCCCGGAUGUCAGUUUUACGCACGCGGCCAAAGAUCCAGAUAAAUGAAAGCCUAUCCAGAUCGUCACACAUGUGGUGCAGGCGUGUAAGAGGAAGUGGAAGUCUUAAAAAGAAACUAUUUCAUUUAAAGGAGCACACUAUUUUUUAAAUCACC